UCAACUGGAGCACUGGAAGAUGCGGCUGCAAUUGAUGUUCACACUUCUCUUGAGUCUAUGGAGCUCGACUCAAGCUGAGCUGCACUUGGCACCACAUGGACUGCUCAAGUGGGCUGAGCUCGUGGAGCAUGUGCCGACCGCUGUGUCCCACCAGAGCACCACUGUGGUGCACCACACUGUGCCGCGCCGCACCACCACGCUGCUGGCACCACACAGUUCAGUGCGCAGCCUGGUUGUUGCCCCACUGACUCCACUGAGCCCAGCCGCUGCCUAUGUACACGCCCAUAAGGUUGAGCCCUUGGCCUGGAGCUAUCUCUAUCCGCAUACUCUGUCCACGCUCUAUGCGAACUGAUUUGACAUGUGAAUAAACAA